UUAGCUCAACGGGUCAGCGCAAGAUGUCGGACUUGCUAGCCGGAAUAACCACAUCUAUCAAGAGCACAGCAAAUGCAAUCACAAAAAACGAGUAUGUCCGGAAGGUCACUGAGUCAAUGAACGACGCUAUUAUGAAUUAUCCCAAGGCGAUGAUGGACGUUCGAGAAGCCACCAAUGAAGAUCCAUGGGGACCAACUGGACCACAAAUGAAGAAAAUUUGCGAGUAUACACGAUCGAGAUAUAUGGAGGAUUUCUACAAUGUCUACACGCCGCUCUUCCAAAGAAUGCUGGAAAACAAUAAGGAUGCAUGGAGACGUGUCUAUAAGAGUCUCAUCCUUCUCGACUACUUGCUAAAAAACGGAAGUGAACGAUUUGUGCAAGAAGCUCGUGAAAAAGCAUAUGAACUUCGACGUCUUGAAAGCUACAAAUACAUUGAUGAAAAGGGAAAAGAUCAAGGCAUUAACAUCCGUCAUCGUGUCAAGCAAAUCUUAGAAAUGAUGAACGACGACGAGCUUCUUCAGGCUGAACGACAAAAGGCAAAUUCUGAUGACAAGUCGAAAUACCGCGGUUUUGAUCAAUAUGAUAUGAAAAUGAGUGGAUCUUCUUUUAAAUCGUCCAACUCUGGCUAUGACAACAAAUGGGACAAAGAAGACUCUUUUUCGUCAUCGGUGACAAAGAAAUAUGAUGAUCAAUACAAGAGCAAGGAAGUAUCUAAUUUUUCCUUCUCCUCUAAUGUCAAUCGCUCGCCAUCUCCAGAACUAGGCUUUGUAGAUGAUUCUAAAAAGAAAGACGACGAUGAUGGUUUCGGGGACUUUGUCAGUUCUCGCUCUUCCCAGCCAGCGGCUACAAACAAAUCUAAACCAAAUCCUUCUAAGAGCUUCUUCGAUGAUCCAAUCCCGGCAAUUCCACCACCAUCAGGAGCACCAUCAAACUAUGUUGCCCCGCCACUAUCACCAGUCUCCAAAAAUGCACCAAGAAACAUGGAUCUUCUUUUUGAUGUGUCUGCUCCAACACCAGCUGCUCCCCAGAACAAUGGGGCACCAAUCGACCUGUUUGGAAAGCUAGAUGCUCCCGUAGUCAAUGCAGCCCCUGCAGUUGCGCCAUCAAAUGGAGGACUUGAUUUGUUUGCUUUUGGAGCAGCUCCGAUGGCUCAAUCUAUUCCAAUGGCAACUCCAGUAGCCGCGCCAAUAAACACUGCCUCAAAUGGAUCAUUCAAUGGAUUUGAUUUUGGAUCUUCUUUCGGAUCAACUAACAAUUCUACACCAUCAUAUGGUGGCGCUGCACCUUUACAGCCGAUGUCUGGAUUGUCACAGCCGCAGGCUCAGCCAGCUCAGUCAAAUCUAGGAGGCCCAUCCCCAAAAAUUGGAAACUCGUUUGCCGGACUCGACCAGUUCAUGUCUUUGUCGUUGGGAUCCACAAACUCGAAUGCACCAAAAGCAAAAACACUUAACCAAAUGAUGGGUGGCAACAAUUAGUGACCCUAUCAAUGUUCAAGUUACUUUCUGCAUUCCAACCUUCUCUCACUUUCUUUUUUCUGUUUUCUUUUUCUAUCAUCGAAAUUCGGUACCAGUAAUUUUAUUUUUGUGACUUUUUCAAGCCGACGUGCCUUUUCCAACCGACUGUGUUACAUUAUCCAAAAAUCCCUCACAUCACAUUUCUAAAUAUUCUUAAUUUUUGUAUGGUUCCUUAAACUCUACCCCGCAUGUUUCAUGAACUUGUGAUAUCAAUUUCCUGUCCAACAAGUAGUGUCGUUCUCAUAUUCGGUAUAAUUUCCGUAGAAAUGGUCAUUGGAAUUAACCUCUGUAAGGUUUCGUUUUUUAUAAUACAUCUUUGUGAUUUGAAAUAAAUGCAUCUGGGUU